CCUGCAUCGUAUGAUGCCGGUAGAUGCUGCGACGACUUUUUAAUAGGCAAGCCAUUGGCAAACAAGAUCAAGACAACCAACGAGCAACAAGACCUAAGAAGCAGUUGAGGCAUAACUUUCCCGCGCCGCGCACGCGUUCCUACUCCGACCACGUUUGCAACACUCGGAAACGUUCCAAAAUUACGUGAUUCCAUUUAAAGAACAUUUCAAUUCAGUGAAGAUACCAUCGCUCCGUUAAAUAUUUAGGCAUUAUAUCAGUUUGGUAAUACCAAAACGUAACGUGUUUGUUUAUGUGCACAUUUACAUCGAGCGAAACCUGAAAAGUACGACGAAAAUCACACUGAUAACUUUCAAAACAUCUGAUUCCAUUAUUGGUUCUUUAACAACUUCACCAUCCUCCGCUACUGGUGCAGCUGACGUUUAGACUACUCAUGAGGGGAAUCAGAACAAACGAUGGUUUAAUCAGCCGGGACACUGAAAAUAUUAUGCUACGGCUUCACCUGACGAACAAGUAUCUUCGGGUAAUGCUCUGGUGCAUCUUGCUGGGCUUGCAGCCAGCUUUUGCCGGAAUCCUUGACCCUUUUAACUGGGCACGAUCUGACCGUAUUGAGGUCAACAUACCUUGGUUACCAUUUGAAAAUGAAACAAGAUGCUACGAUGAAUUGGGAUGCUUAAACAUAACAAGGAGCUGGUAUCACCUCAUACACCGGCCGUUUAAUGUCUUCCCUCUGCCUAGAGUCGUCAUCAAUACCAGAUUCAUCCUAUACACAAAAAAGAACCCUACUGAUGGUCAGAUACUAAAUGUUAACGUCAACAAAACUAUCGUGAAAUCCAACUUUAGUCCCGCUAGACUGACGAAAUUGAUAAUUCACGGAUUUAUCGACACUCCGCUCUCUAAUUGGGUUAGUGAAAUGAAAGAUGAACUGGUGAAAGCAGGUGAUUUUAAUGUGGUCGUAGUAGACUGGGCUGGCGGCAGUUUACCUCUUUACACGCAGGCCACGGCCAAUACGAGGCUAGUGGGCCUAGAAGUCGCACAUUUUAUAAAUACGUUACAGAAAGAUCAUGGGUUGAACCCGCUUGACGUUCAUAUCAUAGGCCAUUCGUUAGGUGCCCACACAGCGGGUUACGCUGGAGAACGAAUAAAGGACUUGGGAAGAAUUACCGGGCUCGACCCCGCAGAACCAUACUUUCAAGGAAUGCCGACGCACGUGAGAUUGGAUCCGUCGGAUGCCCAACUCGUAGACGUCAUACAUACUGACGGAAAAAGCAUUUUCCUUUUAGAUUUUGUAUUUAUGGCAGGAUACGGGAUGUCACAACCCGUGGGUCACUUGGACUUUUACCCGAACAAUGGUAAAGAGCAACCAGGCUGUGACUUGACUGAAGGUCCAUUGAUACCUCUGACAUUGGUCAAACAAGGUUUAGAAGAAGCUUCGAGAGUUCUUGUAGCGUGCAAUCACGUCAGAGCCAUCAAACUGUUUACAGAAUCUAUCAACGGAAAAUGUCCCUAUAUCGGUCACCAAUGUCCGUCCUAUCAACAUUUCAUAUCUGGCAAAUGUUUUCACUGUGGUCAUGGAUGUGCAAUCAUGGGAUUCCAUGCAGAUAGUUCACCUGGGUUGAUAACAAACAAAAACAAUCAGUCGGAGAAUGAGGUUUACCCUUCCGAAGAACAAGACACUAUUGGAGCUAAGUACUACCUUAAUACGGGCAAAGAACUACCUUUCUGCCAACGUCAUUACAAAGUAGUGAUUCAUUUGGCAAAUCCAAAAGGUGCAGAGUCGUGGGUGCAGGGAUUCCUAAAAGUGACUCUACUAUCGGAUCGAGGAGUUAUCAAAGGAAUGGAUCUCACUCCCAAUAAUUAUGUUAAGUUAGAGCAUGGAACUUCAUACACAAUUGUAGUGACUCAUCCAAUGGAUCUAGGCGGUAAAGUUAGAAAAGUAGAGCUAUCGUGGGAGUACGACAUGAAUGUACUGGAGCCGCGAUCUCUCUGCAUUUUAUGGUGUAACGACCGCCUCUACGUCAAGUCUGUGCUCGUUGACCAAAUGGAGCUGCCGAGUAGAGGAAAGCGAAAUGUUGACUUCAGUAGCAAAUUAUGUACACCGAAGCGAGAAUACGCCGAGAUUCCCAACCGGGGUUCAGCCAGUUUCUAUGACAACUGCGGCAGGUAGCGGUGGGUGCCAUACUUGUACAACUAAUUGAAUACGUAGUCCUGAUUUUAAGACUUAGAAGUAGCAUUUGAAUGAACGAGGCUGCGAUGACCACGAAAACCGAAACAAUAUCGUCGUGCCACGGCCGACUUAUAUAAGAAGCACUUAUAAAUAAAUAAAUUGAAUGAGAACUGAGAACACAAAGCUUUAACAAAUGCUACUUUAUGGUGAAGCGUUAGAUAGGUACAAAUGACCGCGAUGAAAAAGAAGCUAUGUCAGCGACAAAUCCGAGAAAUUGCUCUUUCAGUAAUCUGUACCUACUGCCAAGCGAGUAACGUUUUAUCUACUUCAUACUAGGUACCUAGUAUCGACCAACUCAAUGCAAAUCUCGAUAGAUCUCCGCGCCCGAAGAUUAUUUAUUGGCCAUCAAAAAUUUACACAGACGCAAUUGCCCAACUUACAGCACCGACGCGACGCGACGCAAUGUCACCUGCUUAGUGCUAAUUGAUCUAUUUUCGGACAUAAUAUUUUGGAGAGUGCUCAGGAACUUCACAAUCUUGUUCCUCCUUCAUUAUUCUACCACAGAACAGCGAGAAACCGUGUACUUGGCAUACUUAUGUCGGCAUCCAAUCUACUGGCACGAAACAUUUUUGCUCAACGUUUCUGAUACGAAUCGUUAAGGUGUGGAAUGCCCUUUUAGCGUCCGUGUUUCCUGCCACAUAAUUAAGUAUACCUAACCUAAAUACUUUCAAAGCAACAGUGAAUAGGCUUCUUCUUUGCUUUUUUAAGCAUGGUUGUCGUCAAGCGCAAGCCUAUUACGCAACAAAAGAAAGUAAAGGUACAACAUAGACCUAUAAUACUCAAUUUGAAAAAUCAAGCAAAAUCGUGGCUAAGAGCAGAUUAUCCACCCUUGUAGGAUGUUUUUUCCCAUGCAAAAAACCAUUUUAUCAAAAAUGAGUAUUCAUUGCCAUCCUGACUCCAAAAUAUUGUGUAUCUUUCUAAAAGCCAUUUUAUCGAAAUUGAAUUUUGAUGCUACACACUGACUUAUCUUGUCUCCAAGAGGCAAGAUAACACCAAAAACUCAUUUUCGAAAAAAUGGUUUUUACUAAGUAAGUACCUAGUUACAUACUUUCAUUCUGCAAGGGUCGUUAUUAUCGGCGAUUUUGAUGCGAUAGUGAAUAAUGUAGUCAGUGGUGAACCGAAAGAUACAGUGAUAGAGAAAAGUGAUUAAAAGGGAUUUUUAUUGUUAAAGAUAAUUUUAAAUUAUAUGAUCCUGUAAAUACUAUUAUUUAGCUUUAUAAUGAUUUCAAUUUCUUAUUUAAUUUAAAUUCUUUAUAACUAAUCUAAAUUA